UAUCACACACACACGCACACGCACGGGCACAUCUUUUCCACACUGAGCAUACGAUCACGACAUUUUGCCUUUGAGUCGAACCUGAAACUGUGGGAAUAAUUUGGAAACUUGGAGGUCAUUCCAGCAGCUCUUCAUCCUGAGAGGCAAAUGUCCAGUCCACUAGAGCGGGUUGUAGCCCAGAAGAAGGAGGCCAUUGAAGCCGUAAUGGAGAUGUUUGAGAGAGGAGCAGAGGUGCUGGCCAGCGCUGUUGGGGAGCUGUGUCCUCUUUUUGAAGCUUCUGCACCAGUUUUGAGGCUGGUCUUGGACAAUGUGGAAAGCAAGGAGAUCACAUAUGUCAAAGAUCAGUUUCUAGUUGUGAGGAGCAAAUUAGAUGUCCUCUCAUGUCAGCUACAGGACAUUGACUCUGAGAUCAGAAGGAGACGUUUGGAUUCCCAGUUCUUCUCUGUGGAGGAAAAUUUGCGGAACCAGUUUAGAAAAUACAUAGAUAUUCUGGAGGCUAAACCUGAGUAUAAGGAAGUCAAAAAACGCUUGUUCUUAGAGCAUUUUUUCAUAACAGGAGGAGAGAAAAACCUCUGUGUGCUUUACGAUGCUUUGAUGGGGAACAGCACAUUUGGGGAACCGAUCCUGGAUGUUGUGGAACAAUACGAGGCCAGAAACAGAAGGGUCCUGGAAGACUUCUGCGUCAGACUGAAGGAGCUGCUCUGCUUGGGAAUCAUCGCUCUGCUGGGAUAUUGUUUCCUUACUCAGGGUGAGGAAUCAGAGCAGGAGAAGAUUCUGGUGUGGAGCACCAAGAUCCAAGAAAUUGAGACAAAAAUGAAGGAAACGAUAGAAAGAUGUGUGGAUUCGUUUCCAGAGCAAGCUGAACUGGACAUCAAGAGGCUUGUGAAGGAGAAAGGAAACGGGAACCUUCAGGAAACGACCAAGGAACUGCUGGACUUCCUGGUGAAGAAGUACGACUGGGUGAGCUGGUCCAUCAGAGUCAUUAGUAACUUGGGCAAAAUUAGCAACUUGAGAGCCGGACAAAACUUUCAGUGUGUGGCCAGACAGAAUUAUUUUGAAGUAUCUCAAGGAAAUGACACCAACCUGGUGGUCUCGUUCAGCAGCAACCCUCAGCCUGUGCCCAACGAGAGCGUAAAGCAGAUGAUGGAAGGCCCUGCGAGGAAGGGAGAUGCCAAAGCUGUUGUGGAGCUGCUGGAGAAGCAGUUAGCUGGGUUUCUGGUUCACGCUGUCAGUCGUCACAAGGACAGCUUUGCUCUGUCGAGUUUUCCUGAAGAACGUCACUACUGGGAGAAACAUAAGAACGUGAAUCUCUGUGUGCAUUCAGAGUAGAUUUAGACAUAAACAUAUAAUUACGAUUAUUAUAUUGCUAACAUUUUGCAACUGCAGCAUUUUUACGUUAUUCAUGAUCUAUAUGCCUUGAAAAACUCAUUGUUCACUCAAAGUCAUUGUUAAAUGUUCAUUGUAAGGUUGCUAUCACCUGUCCAUCUGUACAUUCUAAAUUAUUGUGAUGUUUUUUAUCAGCUAUUCAGACUCUCAUUCUGACGGCACCCAUUCACUACAUUGGCAAAUAAGUGUUGUAAUGCUUGAUUUCUCAAAAUAUGUUCAGAUGAAGAAACAAACUCAUCAACAUACUGGAUGGCCUGCGGGUGAGCACAUUUUCAGCAAAUUUUCAUCUUUGGGUGAACUAUUCCUUUAAACAUAUUAAGCACCGUGUAAAUUCAACUGCCAUAUUUUAAAACAAAAUAUGUUGACUAUUUGUGCUUUAUUACUGUGCAUGUUUGCAUCAAAAUGUUAUAAUAUAACAAUGUCUUUCUGAAAACAUUCGGUAGGCAGCAAAUGUGUUAAAUGUUAUGUGAUGUUAUGCAAACAAAUGCUUUGUAGUAAUAAAAACUGAAGCAAUGCGACUGGACAGUAUGGUGUUUCCCCAUAUAGCCUGCAUGAUAAUAACGUGAGCUGAGAGUAUCUGUUCCUCAUCAGCCAUAAAAAAGCCCAUGGCAAGACGUCUCAGGAAAUGAAUGCAUGUCUUGCACAGCAGAGAGCGAAUGAUGUACUAAAAUACACCCU